AUGCGUGCGUUUGUUGGCCUGGAAAUGUCGAUGGGUCUAUGUGACAAACCAGCGAUUAGUGACUAUUUUGAAACAUAUUGGUUGACGGGCACCCCAGGUUACAGUACUGUGAUGUCUAGGAAUCGAUUUCAGUUGAUUCGAAGCUUCUUCCACAUGAAUGACAACACAGACAAGGUUCCGAAGGGUCAACCAGGACACGAUCCCCUUUUCAAGGUGCGGCCAAUACUUGAUAUUGUACAAGGACAAUAUGUAAAACUAUAUCAAGCCCAUAAGGAAGUUUCUAUUGAUGAAGCCAUGCUUGCCUUCAAGGGCAGGCUUGGAUUAAAACAGUAUAUGCAAGAUAAACCCACAAAAUGGGGGGUGAAGCUCUGGUCUCUUUGUGAUAACAGAAACGGCUUCAUGCUUAAGUGGAACGUUUACACUGGGGCAGGUGAAGGGACUGUGGGAGAUGUUGUGAGGUCUCUGAUGAUUCCAGAAUAUGUUGAUCAUGGCUACCACCUGUACUGCGAUAAUCUUUAUUCAUCGCCUGACCUUUUUGUUGAUAUGAGGAAUAGGAGAACUGGUGCUUGCGGAACUCUAAGAAGUAACCGUGUCGGUAAUCCUGUUGCAAUAUUACCUGCAUCCCGAGGAAGACGUAACGAUGCUACGGCACGGUAUCCCCGCAUUACUCUCAAGAAGGGUGAGGACCCUGUCUUCUUCACUAAAGACAACAUGUUAUGUCUAUAUUAG